AUGGUUCUUUCAGAUGCUAACAAUAGCGACUCUGGCCCUACCUUGUCGGGGCAUGUGGUCACCAAGAUCUUUAGGCAUGACUGCCAGGCGCGCCAAUGCCCAAGCAGAUGGUCCAUCAGAGAUAAUCAUCACGAUGAAGAGAAGGUUCUCUUUGAUGCUAUAGCCACAGAUCCAAUAGUUCACCGCCACUAUCUGAAUGGCAAGAAAUGGCUGACCGAUUCCUUUACUAUCCAAAGUCCAGAGAUGAGAGCCUUUUUGAAAAGUGCUCUAGCCAACUAUCAGGACUUCGACCCCGGCCUCGACGGCUGGACAUUUAGGAGCCCUUACAAGGCACUGGUUCAUCGAUGGGACCGCAUUCUUGAGCUGUCCAAAUCAGCAGCCAAAGAAACGGAACAGUCGGUCAACUCGCUUGUGAAAUUUCUGCACCCAAUCUUGGAGGUCUAUAUUCAAGCUCAAGCAAAUAUAAACAAGACUGGGCAGAUUUCUUUCGCCGAUAUUUGGCAGAUCUUCCCACCUGGUGAAUUGGUGAUGACGACCUUGCACGGUGUCGAAAUCAUGUGCCGUGUCACGCGUUACGAGUUUUCCAGACAGGGAAACUCUUGGAGCAUCAAACUCCAAUACGUGGACUGGAAUGGUCAGAAGUGUGGCUUCGCUAAGUGGUCUAUUGAUGUAAGCUUCUACGCGGGAGAACGCCAUGUGUCAUCUCUACCUGUUUAUCCUGUCAAAUUCUGUGAAUCUGUGGAGGAGGCCAAGGAGCGGCUGCUCAAGCGGGGGCGUUUGUUUGAAGCCAUACGCGGCUACCAUUUCAAGUCUUGCACUGGUACACAGGUUCUUUUGGAAGAGUCACUGAACGAAGAACGACCGAUUUCGGGAAGAGUGAUCAUAGAUACUCAUGCGUACUAUCAGUCCCGCAACAGGAAGCACCCAAGUCUUGGGUCUUUGGAAUCCGAACCUCCCUCAAAUAAUCCAAAGUUGCUUGGAGCGACUCAGGAUACGACAAGACAAUCCAGCAUGGGCAGGAAUCCAGCAGUUCCGCCUUCCUAUCAUGACAAUAAUCAGGGGGGUCUCGUUCCGUACAACGGCCAUGCCGGAAACCCUUUCGCGCCGCCAACCCAGUCUUACUCCAACUUCACACCCGUGCCUAAUAGGCACGGACUAGGCCCCGAACCGAUCAUGAACUAUGGGACGAAUGGGCCGUACCAUCCAUCGUACCCAGCUCAAUCUUCUUACCCGACUCAACCUCCCCAGCCUCAAGAUCGCCGUCCCAUGGCUCCCGUAACCCACAAUAACUAUCCACGCGUCAACGGGGAACAACCACGAGGGGGGCCUGGACACUUUCCAGAGCGCAGAAAGUCUUUUACCUCCGAGUCCGAUUAUACCGAUGAUGAAGGACAUGCGGGGCCACGGCAUAAUACAGGCCGUCAGUAUCGUGGUUCACUCCCCGGGGGUCGCAGAAGGGGCUUUGUAGCGACGGAUAGACCUUUGGCGACAGGAAAAAGGAUAAUGGCAAACAUCGAAGCUAGAUCCGAGAAUCUGGACCGGCUUACUGAUGAGCAAUGCAUGUUGGCCACGCCUUGGGUCAUCGGAUUGGACAUGAACACCAAGCUGUGGGGCAGGUUCCGUGUUGAUGAACUGGAGUCCAUUGACUGGAACGACGAAUCAUACGAGAAUCUCAUCCUUCCGGAAAAGGAGAAGGAGCUUGCCUGGGCGUUUGUGAAGAACAAGGCAUUGGCUGACAGCACCAAGUUCGAGGAUUUCGUCAAGGAUAAAGGACGCGGCAUAAUUAUUCUGAUGUUCGGACCUCCUGGCGUGGGCAAGUCAUACACGGCUGAAGCGGUCGCCGAAAGAGCCCGCGUGCCGCUUUAUACAAUGAGCGCAGCAACAUUGGGAACCAACCCGAAACGCGUCGGGGAUUGUUUGGAGUACGCGCUCAACCUAUGCCGGGCCUGGAAUGCCAUGCUCUUUUUGGAUGAAGCAGAUAUCUUCCUUGGCUCUCGAUCUGAUGCUGAUCUAACUCGUAACGAGCUUGUUGCCGUGUUUCUCACAAAGCUUGAGUACUACCAAGGCAUAUGCUUUAUGACUACAAAUCGAAUGUCGAGUAUUGACCUCGCAAUGCAGUCCCGUGUUGAUCUAUUCCUCCGGUACGGGGACCUUACUCAGGAGACACGGUACUGUGUGUGGAAGAACUUCAUUUCCGGGCCCUGCGCUACGCGAUUUGAUAUCAGCGACGAGGACCUAGACAAGCUCUCCAAGUAUGAACUCAACGGCCGAGAGAUCAAAAACCUUGUCAAGACAGCACAUCUUUUAAGUCUUGGAAAUGCCGAUGAGAAGAUCGGCUUGGGGACAUUGUGUAUGCUUGUGGACAACCGUAUCCAAGCACUGGAGACUCUCAAGGGAGCUUGA